AUGGCGACGGUACCGCAGCGCGAAACUUCAACGCUGGAGGAUAUUCACGGAGCUCUGGUGGCCGAAAGAUCCAAAACGGCCUACGCGUCAGGCAUCCGUCAAGUCGUCAAGUGGAUUCAGCAGACCAAUCAAGCCGAUGCUCUGCUGAGUGCCGACGGCUCGAUCAAUCUGGCAGCGUUUUCGUACGAAGACUUUGUCCGGUUUAUCGUCUGGACCAUGCAGAACACUGCUGUGAAGGCAAGCACGAUGUCUGGCUACAGGUCGGCAAUGCGAAACUAUUACAAGAUGCAAAAAACGACUUCUGUGAAGGACAGCGGAAAACGACCAUUCUUCAAGUCCAAGACAGACCAAGAUGGGAGCAAGCGUCGUGACCCGCGGCACAUCUAUGCCAACCCACUUCAAACACACACAUGCGCCUUUCUUGCACUUGGAUUGUACCUUGCCUGCAACCCGAUGCUUGCCGCUGGUGCACUCUUUCCCGGCUCGUCUCAGCGCACGAGAUUUGGCAAAGGCCUGAAACUGGCACUAAUCGAAGACAAUCCUGUCGGCAGCAGUGAAAUUGGCACCCACUCGAUUCGUAAGGGUGCGGCCACGUUUGUUUCAUCUGGUAGUACGGGUGGCCCUUUGCUUGUCAGCAUUUGUCUUCGUUGCGGCUAG